UUUUGGUUUAUUAAUGAUGGCGAUCCUUUGAUUUGUGGGAACAGUUCAAGUGCAGGGUAAAUUUUGUAACAUAUGCAUGUUCAAAUAAUCAAUAAAUUUAUUAGCUUAUUUAUUAAAUGACUAAAAUGUUUCUCUUGUCCUUGCCUAGUCAGGAUCCUAUCUACAAUGUAUCAACACUAGCUUUUGUUGCGCUGUACCUUCAACAGAACGUCGCGUUGGUCAGUUCCGUAGAAAAUCCAUUGUACUGUAUAUGCAGUACAAACUAUUAGCUUAUCAAGGCUACAGAUAUUAUCAAUUGAUUUUAUUCUCUAUUCGUUUUCCCUGAUUAAGAUCUUGUCCAUCCAAUUACACAUGCAUGCCUAACGCUGGUCCAAACCCAGAUCAUGGUUACACGACAUUUGACAACAUGGGUUGGUCUCUUAUUAUGGCUCUGCAAAUACUAACAAUGGAUUUCUGGCAAAACGUUUACAACAAGGUAAGUGUAUCAAUUGAGCUUUUCUCUGGAUAUAAGAAGAAAACUGAAGGAAACAUAAACAUGCGCCAUAAGCCAGAAUUCGUCAGGCCCACUUCAGACAGUAAGCCGUGGAAUCAAAAGUGGUGAAGAAUAUUUAAUUGACUAUCAUGAUACAAACUAUAAACUAACUUUCAUGGUGUAACUGGCAAAAUUGAACACUUAUCAUUCCUUUUAGAUUAACAGAUCCUCUGGAGCUCAAUACGUGCCAUAUUUUGUCAUCGGAAUAUUCUUCUGCGCUUUUUACCUGAUGAACCUAGUAUUGGCGAUGGUGUACUUAUCAUAUGAACAGGAAUUAUCUUCAGACGGAAAUGAGGUACUUUUAGAUAUCCGCAAAUUCAAUCAACAUAGGUAGGCUCACUCAAAGAGUGAACCAACCAGGGUAUCAGUUGUUUUUUGUUUUUCGCGGCGCAAUUCCUCGCAACGAAACUCUCCCCUCGUCGCUAACAAGUUUGACAACUGUUGAUGAGUUAAAACAAAUUUCCUUACUUUUCCUUCCAAACAUUGAUUCACAACUUUCUAAGACAGCCAAAGCAACGAGUAAACACUCUGAUGAAGGACCUGUGCUCAAAAAUUCUCUCUUCUCUUUAUCUUAUCAGUUAGUCCUGUCUUGCUCAGCUGAACAAUUCAGUUCCACUCUAGCUGCUUUGUGCAGUAUAUUAUACAUGUACAUCCCCAUUGAUUUGUCCCCAGAGGUGGUGCGGCGCCAGUGAUGAUUGCCCAGAUUGAUUAUCCUUUACUUGCAUGGUUUUUCUGACACGAGAUUAAAAACUGUUAUAUUAAUUCGGCAGAAUAGCUGCAAAACUAUCUUACAUUGUGUUGUUUUGUGUGCAUGAUUUAUUAGGGUGAAAAGAUGGAUCAGCGACGUACUGGUUGUUCAUAUCAAGCACACGAGCGAAUGUUGAACCGUCUUAUUUUAUUAGAUAGAAACCAACCGCCUCCAUCAGAAGAUGAAGCCAAAGAUGCGGGUUCGAACGCAUCGAAGCGCCGAGAAUCACUUCACCACAUUUUAUCAGCCAGGGUAUUAACACAAAGGCCUGAGACAAACAAAGUAACGAGCAAGGUUCUGUCUCAUAUAAAAUCCUGUUGGAAAAUGGUGCGAAAGUGCAUGCAGCAAAUCACCUCCCAUCCUGCCUUCGAUGUGGUGAUUCUACUGCUAAUAGUUUUGAACACAGUUGUUCUGGCAAUGUAUUACCAUGGUAUUCCUGCCCAGUUUAGGCGCGUCUUGGAUAUUUUGAAUUGGGUGAGUAAAAGUUAGUGAUCGUUUACAUGCAUCUGGGAUAACAAAUCUAACUGUAGAUUUAUUAGACAGCUCCAGUUGUCGGUAAGUAUGCACCACUUGUGAUCAUUUUGAUAAUGUUAACCUAUUGCCGUAGUAGCCUGUAUAAGAGCCUCCCUUAGGGUCGAACGAUCGCGAGUAAUAGUACGGUCGGCUUAUUCAACAGGACAUAUUAAGUACUACUGUAAGAUGAUCUGUUUUGCACGCUAUAUUUAUGAAUGAAUUAGUAAAUCACUGAGGUUCGAAAUACGACAUUAAUGGCUUUUUCCUUUGCUAAAUAGGUAUUCACUUGUUUGUUUACUACUGAGAUUCUGUUUCGUGUGGUCGCUAUUGGACCGACAGCAUUUGUCCGCGUCCCAUGGUACUUGUUUGACGCAGCUGUUGUGGCAGCCAGCUUACUGGGAUACGUGAUACAUGCUGAUGGACUCAGUAUAUUUAGAACCCUUAGAAUGGUAAGCAAUACAGGAAUCAUUUCAUUCCGAACAAAUAAGUUAUUAAGGUCACAAUUGAAAAAGACACAAUUGAAAAAGAGCUACGUUGACAACUUUGAACUUUGAAAAUGUCAAGAUUUUGAUUACUCUCUUUUAUGAUAGCUAACGUGUUCGGAAAGGAAACCAAGGAAAAGUUCGCAAUUAAAGUUAAAUGAUCGUAAGAAAUUGAUAAUUCUUAGACGAAUUUCGUACCGUCAUGUUUGUAACUGAAAUUUAAGGGGGCUCGACCCAGUAUAUUAAUAGGCCCACCCUCCACCUUUGAAUCUCUUAUACUUAAACAAAUUGAUCGUUAUUGUAAAACCAUUAUAACACAUGGGUUACACUUACACUAAACUUUAUCAUGUUAUUAUUUUUUGGGCGAUCGGAAUAAAUGUCAUGCGACAUUGACGUCACAAUGAAUUUUUGUGACACUUCGCACAGCAGAAGAAAUUCAUCUCAUCCAAAGAACACGUAGCGAAAGCAUUUCAAAAGAAAAUGCCGAACUGGGCUGAAACUCGAUUUAGAGCUAAAACCGUUGUGACGUUAUUGUCAAGUGACGUUUAUUCCGAUCGCCUAAAAAAAUAAUAUCAUGAUAACACUUAGUCUUUAGUGCAAUCCAUGUGUCAUAAUGGUUUAAAAUAAAGAUCAAUUUGUUUUAGGAUGAGAGAUUCAAAGAUAGAGGCUCGUGUUAGCUUCUGUGUGCUCACAUAAGAUUAACUCUCUCCCAUUUAGGUACGACUUUUGCGUUUGGCGAAAUCCUGGAAGACGAUGAAAAGACUGAUGAAGGCCAUUGCUAGAAGCAUAGUACCUGUGGGCAACAUCACACUUAUUCUAGGUGUAAUUAUCUACAUUUUUGCUGUCCUAGGAAUGAAGACAUUUGCCAAAGAUUAUAAAGCGGAUAAGUUUGGUGAUAGUGGAGUGCCACGCUGGAACUUUAGUGAUAUCUGGCACGCAUUUUUAAUGGUUUUUCGUGUGCUAAGCGGGGAGUGGAUCGAGCCUCUCUGGGACUGUAUGAGGGUCACAAGCGCUGCCAAGGCCAUCCCUUACUUUCUAACAGUUCUCGUCACUGGAAACUUUCUGGUGAGUAGCAUUUGAGAGUGAGAAAAGGAUUGACUACUUUGCUCAGAGUGAACAAACAGUAUGUUAGGUCAUGCCCAGAUUGAGAAACUAAGACUAUGGCAAAAUAACUGGCUGCCCGGAUCCACUUACUCCUUCCAUAUGUAAUUUUUCAGUCUUCAGAUUAUGAAAAAGACAUGUUAUUAAGUACGGCAUAUUCGUUAUCAACUUUAUCAAAAAACAAACGAAGAUAGACUGUAUUGCACAAGGAAUGACUAUUUCAAACUUACUGAUUGAUCGAUCACUAUUCUCAUACAGCAAGUAAGUUCUGAUAGCCUUUUUCUUUACCAGGUCCUCAACAUGUUUGUCACUCUAAUAGUGAACGCCUUUGACUUCCGAGAUGACAAUUCAGAUGGCGUAGAUGGUUCCAAGUCUGCCAUAAAAAAGAUAUUUAAAACACGCAGGUCCUGCCUUUUGGAGGAAAAUUAUCGUGGUUCUCUUCGUCCUUGCAAGCUUAAGGUUAUAGAGAGUAAACACCCUGAUGAGCAAAGCGAUGGCGUUUCCUUGGCAAUACACACAGGAGAUCAUGACUGCAAAGAACAUUGUAAAAGUAUAGAGAUAAUAUAGUUUUUUUUUACCAAGAAAACAUAUUUUUAAUUUGAGUGUACGCCUAAGAGAGGUUUUUUCAUUUGCUUAUUUUAGCAUACUUUCUAAAUCAACUUUUUUGUUGCCUGUUCAUAAACAAUACUAUGAAUAUGUCACUCUUUGUCCAUACACCAUCCAAAUUUUUGAUUUUUUGUUUCCUUUUGUAUAAUUUCUAAUCUACGUCCUUUCUUCGAAUUGCAAUACAUUUUGUACCAUCAAUUCAAACUAUUUCCGAGCCUAAUGAAAAUAGAAGAUUUUGCGGGGGAUUUAUCGUGAAACUCGUAAAACCAUAAACAACGAAAAUAUUUCUGGAAUGUGAUUGUGUUGCAAGGAAAAAGCCAAUCAGGAGUGGGAAAACUUAAAGCAGCAUUCAACAACGGUAGUAGUUUUGUGGCCUGCUUGCGUGCAGCUAGUUUUGUUUGUUGUGAUUGGUCACAAUUCAAUAUCUUUAGUGUUCACGGUUUUCUUUCUUGACAAAAGACCAAUCAGGAACGGAGAAAUAUUUUGAAUGAAUAAUGUUGUAUAAGGUAGUGGGUUGGUAGUGGGUCUAUGGACAUAUGUCCUCAAUGAUAUCGGCCAUCUUUUUAUUAUGUUCAAGAUCACCUUUAAUACAUAUUUGUAACGUCCAUGAAUUAAUCCGGGAUAUUCCAAACUAAAAAAAGCUGAUUUUGUCAUCAUUUAUGAUGCAUUUCUUGGCAUUUCUUUUUCAUCCUUUUCUUAUAAUCUAUCCAGUUGUAAUGAUUCUGGAUUGGCUGUAACAUGCUACAUUUGACAUGCUAUUUCGAAAUUAGCAUUAUCAGAUAUGAAUAACAUUGCUAUAGCAUUUUAUUUAAUUUCCUCUUUCCAUGCAGCCUUAGACAACGUUAUUGACAUUGACAGCUCAAACAACAUAAUGAGAGAAGGUACUAGUUUUGAGGAUGGCGUUGAUUCUCCUCCCAGUGUCAAAAUGGAAUGUAUAAAAGAAGGGAUUUCUGAAAAUGGUGUGGUAACAUCAGUGCCAGUUCCUUCGUUUGAAAUCAAGGAAUUAUACAUAGAGGACUGCCUCCCUGAGCACUGCGCAUGCGUAGACUGUCAACUGUGGAGGCCUUUAUCGACGGAUAGCAUUUCCUGGCUUAAGUUCCGCGGCCGUGUACGAAUUUUUGUGGAAAAGAAAUACUUUGACUGGUUUAUUCUCUUCAUGGUGUUUUUCAGCAGUUUUAUGCUGGUAGGUUAUCUUAUGCUGUGCAUCUUUUAAGAUCUUUAAAAUGAUUUACUUCAUAGAAGUUAUUUUGGUCUUGUCAAUCUUUUAUGAUCUCAUUUUUUUAUGGCAGCUAGUGGUCAGGGUGGGAGUUCAUUACCCUGUUCCGCCCGGGACACCCAGAAGUGCAGCGUUCUGGCCACUUAGCAAGGCUGAGAUGUUAUUUAAAUGCAAUCUCUUUAAUCGUAAACAGUACAGUAAAUGGAAAAUGCUUACAAAGGUGUUAUUAAAACUUGUAGGUUUUUGAAGACGUUAAUCUGCACAAAAGGCCAAAUCUCGAGAAAACCUUGGAAAUACUCAACUACAUUUUUGCAUGUGUCUUUACCCUCGAGUUCCUACUUAAAGCCAUAGGUUUUGGUCUCACCAAGUACUUCGCUUCUCCUUGGAACUGUUUGGAUGCCUUUAUUGUCUCAGUGAGUACAACAUGAACUAUUAAGCUCCCUACUGUAUAAACGUUUGUAUAAAGGCUGGAUAAACGCAUCGCUUAUAGUAUGUGUUUUACCUCACAGAUUUCACUCGCUUGCCUAUUUGAGAACAAGCAAUUGUCUGUGUUUCGUUCCCUACGUACAUUACGAGCAUUGAGACCACUCCGGGCCAUCUCACGACUGGAGGGAAUGAAGGUAAUCAAAAUUUGCUAGUAAAAUCUCCCAGGGGAAUUGAAUUAAGUCAUAUUGUUGCAAUAAAUUUAUAUUAAGACUCACUGUUUUUUGAAACAAUGACCAUUGUGAUUUAGGUAGCUAGAUAAAGAAAGAUCAUCCGAAGUUAAAGCGAAAGAAUAGAAAAUGAUGCAGUCCUCCUGAUCAAGAACCAAGCCAAGCUAUCAAAGAGUUUGUUCCGUUUCGUUAAUAAAUCGGAUGCAAUACCUUUUUGAUGACGCCCAUGUUAUUAAACAGACCACCCAAAAGCACAAGACAGCGAUUCGCGAUUCACCAUUCUGUUGGUUGUUAAUUCCCAUAGAAAUCGUAGCCAGUUCAAUUUAAAGUAAAACUUAGUUUAUUUCAUGACUGCUAAAUCUCAUGUGCAUUAAACACUGUUUGUAUUGUCCUUCUUAAGGUAGUGGUGAAUGCGCUCUUUGCUGCUUUACCAAGUAUUGCAAAUGUCCUGGUGGUUUCCUUUCUUUUCUGGCUGAUAUUUAGCAUUCUUGGCGUUCAUUUCUUUGCCGGAAAAUUCUACAAGUGUGUGGAUGAAAACAACGCCCAGUUACUUGCCAGUGUGAUUGCUAGUAAAGCAGAAUGCCUCAACCGCACCAUGGACGGUUACCGCUGGAUCAACUCCAAAGUGAAUUUUGAUAACGUCUUAGCAGGCUUCCUUGCACUGAUGCAAGUAGUACGUUGCGACUUCUUUUAUUUAUUUUUAUUUUUUUCAUUUGCUUCGGACAAAUGACAUUUACUCGUGUUACCAUAGGCACCAAAGUGACCGUACGUUUAGAAACGUCCCACAUGCCUUAAAAACUGGAGUUAGGUUAUAUUUGUUUUAAGGGUAUUGCAUUAAUUGUUAGUACAAAGUGCUGAUGAUAUUAUAGGCGCUUUUGGCAAAUAGCACAAAAUAUAGAGUUUAAAAACAAACAUGGACGACUCUAGUAUGAAAAUAGGAGGAAAACGCUUUGAGGUUAAACUAACCUGCAGUAUAUGUUUCCCUUAUGAGAAUGAAUCUUCGCAAUAGGAGUCGCUCAGGCAUUUCGUAAACAUUUAUUUGUGUUUCGGUUUUUAAAGGACACUAAGAGGCCCCUUUCGUCGUUCAUUUUGUUAGGUGUACAAUAUACUGCCUGGUAUACCUAAGUAGCGAAGUAUUUCGCUGAAAUUUGAGUUUAUAUGACUUGUUUUAGGCGACUUUUGCUGGUUGGAUGGAAGUUAUGAAGGACGCAGUCGACUCGACUAAGGUGAGUAUCAAAUUCGUUUAGAACAUAAAAUUGUUGCGCUUGCUAAGCACAAAUAAAAAUUUGGGCCAAUUUUUUCUUUUCGGAGCUGAAACGACCUAGUGCAGACCUCCUGAUUUUCCAUACCAUGAUUUAAAAGAGGCUGACGUGAUCAUGACUUUGACUUUCUGGUUUGCCACAUGCGUUUUUGAUCGGUUCAACACCGAAAUUACUUAAAUUACUUACUGAAAUUUUCAGAUUUAUCCUUUUUUGCAUUUUUUGAAUAACGUAUACUGAUCUGAGAAUUUAUGGGCUCGAUUUAUCUAAGCUGAAACACUUGAAGCUGUAGAAACCACCCUUAGACAUAGGAUCCCCUGGCUGUUUUACAAGGGCGCCCCGGGAACGGGCCAUCAUGUGAGUUGUGUACAUUUCUUUUGGCCUAAGAUCAAGUAAUUUGAGCUUUUCUGGUUUCGCCUUUUAUCGACCGAUGUUAUAACUUGCUGUUAGGAGUGGGUUUUUCCAGACGAAUUGAGGGGUGAACUAACGCUGCAAACGUUCAUGUUUAUUGCCGUAUAUUCGACGCAAGCGAACUCCAGCAGUACGCGUUUAACACAUUAACACUUACUGGUAACGAACUUUCACUUCAUCCUCUUUUAAAACUCAAGGUUCAAGCUCUCAUUUACUCAGUCACCUCUCUGCCCUGCCCUUGAAAAAAGAUGCGACAAAUGUAACGAAAGGACACCUUGCAAGGGUGUGCAAAAAAUUAAGUGUUGAAGUGUGUUAGUGGACUUUGAGCCUCCGCUUAAUCACUAUGUGCACAUAUUUGGAUCUCUUGUACUGGAUAGUGUAUCUGGCACUCGAAAGAAAAUAAUUGCUAGAAAGGAUGUACAGAUCAAAGCACUAUCUGGUUCAGAAGCUACAGUCAUUUCUUAGGAGCUGUAUAAAGAAGUCUUCAGAAAAUUCUGCAAUCUUUGAAGGGGUGGCUUGCAUCUAAACCCAUUCAUCAACUGUGUGAGGCUAUCAACUCAAUGUAGAAGUCGUGAUAUAAACCUGUUGUAUCUUGUUGCUGAUGGAAAGUUUACACCAUUGUUGGGGUGUGAUGCUUGUUAAGACAUAAAAGUUCUCAAACUGAUAGAUACUCCAUAGUCAGAACCAUCUGUGCAAGAAACUCCAGGUGUUUUCCAAACUGAUUCUGUGUUGCGGGACUUUGAAGAUUGUUUCGAUGAUAAGCCUGGUAAGCUACCUAACAACGUACAUUUGGAAGUUGAUUCCUUGAAACCUCCAGUAGUACGCCCUCCCAGGAAAAAUUGCCCUCUUUGAACCAGCACGAGAUGGAACGAUGGAAGAAGAUGGGUCUAUUAUCAAAGAAGAGAAACAUUCCCCUUAAACUUUCUGAAUACUAGUGUUUGACAAAAGAAAAGUUAAAGAAAAAAUAAUCCAUCCUCGAACAAUGAUAUUCGAAUUUGUAUUGACCCAAGGGACCUAUUAAAAGCACUUGAGACACCACACUAUACAAUGGUUACGGGGAAGGAGGACGUUGCUAACCGACUUCCAUGUGCUAAAAGUUUCAUAUCCUUGAUGCAUGCAGUGGGUACUGGCAGCUGCCAGUUGAUGAUAAAAGCGCAAAGCUCUUAACAUUCAACAACCAUGGGAUCGAUAUCUAUUGGAAUGUUCCAAAAGACGGUGGAAAAUUCUUCGAAGGGGAUCCUGUGGAGGUUAUAGUGCAUGAUUCCUGAUACUUGGUAAAUAUCAACAGAAGCUGAACUGAAUGUGAAAACUGUACUGGAUAGGAGGGGAGAAGUAGGAAGAAAGUUUAACCCCCUAAAAAUUGCAACCUCGGUUUCCUGACGUAAGUUAUGUUGGACAUGUGUUCUCAGUCGAUGGCUAAAAAACAGACCCUGAUAAAGAGCGAGCAUUUAGUGAGAUGCCUCCUCUUACUGAAAAAGGUGUUCUUUGAAUACUUGGGACCGUAAAUUACCAGGACAAGUUCAUUCAUUCACUAAUGCCUCUGUGUUAGCUCACUUUGAUAACAGCAUAGAAAGUUCUAAGUGUUGAUGCCAGUAGCACAGAAAAUGGCCGUGAUCGCUGAUGCGGGAUGGCAAACCAGUUACUUUCAGUGUAAAGUCACUGACCGCCUCUGAGAAGAUGUAUGCAAAUAUUGAAAGAGAGCUGCUAGCUAUUGUGUGGGGAGUGCUAUUGUCGAGAUAGAUCACAAAUCGUAACCAGUGAAUGAGGCCCCUCCCAGAAUACAGAAGAUGCUAGUGAAAUUCAUCAAGUAUGACCUUGCUAUCUACCAUGGAAACAGCAGAUCAUUUCAGAUUGUCCGUUGGUUACCGACUUUCAAGUACUUUGAAAUAGCGCGGCUUGGGCAGACCACAGUCACUUGUGUCGUCAGCAACCUGAAGAAAAUAUUUGCAAGGUUUGGAAUCCCAGGGAAAAUUUUCUGCGACAACGGACCGUUGUUCGGCGCCAGACAUUUGUCCAGUCGUUAUCCAUAGUUUAAGAGUAGAGAUAUUGCUAUGCAAUCAGCUCACCAUAGUAUAUUCAAUUAAAUGGAGCAGCAGAAAAGGCUGUGCAGACUGCAAAACGCAUUCUUAAGAAGGCUUCAGCAGAAGAUGAAGAUCCACUUGGGGGACUGUUAAACUGUCGCAACUCACCAUUUGAAGAUAUUGGCGUAUCUUCUGCACAGUUGCUGAUGCGUUCGACGAACACGAACGAUGAUACCGACCCAUCGACUUCUCUUGUUUACCUCAGCCGGUGGAUCGUGAUCGUGUUCUGAAAACUCUUCAUCAGCGACGGCGUAGUGUCAAGUCCAGUUAACACAAGCAGAACAGUGAUUUGCCUCCACUUUUAAUUGUGCACAGGGCCGGGUGUAAAUAGUGAAAGAAAAUGGUGGAAAGCUGAAGUAUUGCCAAGAUCGUGCCUCCUGGAAGACUAAUAUGGAUUUACUUACUGGAGAAAUAGAUGGCAGAUCAUCUCAGUUCCAGAUGAUUGUCCCAUGUCUCCAGUUUUCAUCCUAUACGUGAACAGCCUCGUGACACUCCUGCGAGUCCACUGGCAGCUGAAUCUGAGAAGCUAGCGCCAAGUCCGUUAGAAUCGAGACCGACAGAAACAGUUUCACACACACCCAUUACAAACAGAUCUGGGCACCAAGUGAAGGGGUGACAAAGACUCAUUUAUUCCUAUUAGGGAACAUGAUAUAGCGUUUGAGCCUUUGGGAUCCCCCCUAAGAUAUAGGGCACCCUGACUGCUUUACGCAGGCACCGCGGAAAUGGGCCAACAUGUGCGUGGUGUGAGGGUGACUUGAUCUUGAACAUGGUGGAGUAGUUUUAGUUGUGUAAUUUUGCCAUUUAUAGACACUUAAUAUAUAUCAGACAGUUUUUGCUAGCCUUACGGUUUUGGUUACUAUUUCGUCACCUUAGUAUUUAAAAAUUUAUCAUUGUCAUAAUCAUUCAUAAUUAUUAUCGUUGGUAGUAGUUAAUAAAAUAGUUAUAAACAAUUGACCUAUAAUAUUUGCUUUAAACGCUCUGUGUUGAUCCUGGCCCACUGGCUUUGUGGUUUUCUAAGCCUGCGAGAUGACGCUUUGCCAUUUGCAUUUUAUCGUUGUAACGUGUGUAACUGAUAAAUGUACUUCUUCUCAGGUGGACAUGCAGCCGAAGUUUGAGAACAACAUGAUGGCGUACUGCUUUUUCGUUGCUUUUAUCAUCGUGGGUUCUUUUUUUGUGCUGAACCUGUUUGUAGGGGUCAUUAUUGACAACUUUAACACUUUAAAAAAGAAGGUAAAGUAUCAUUCGCUGUUUUUUCUCAAACCUACCUGACCUUUGCAGACACUCCCCUUUAUUUAAAAAAGUGAUAGAAUUGAACUGAAAAAAAAAGGUGCACGCACGGGUUUUUUUGGGACAAAACGAUGAAAAUGUGCGAUUACAUUAUUCGAAACAAUGACAUAUCUACAUCAGAUUAAAACAAAAUAAACAUAGUAAUUUCGUUAUGAACGUGAGUGGUGCCCGUAACAUUUUUUUCUUAAUGCACAUGCUACCAAAGAGAGAUGAUUAUGUGAUGACGUAAACACUGAAUUAACGCUCCAGGUUUCUUUAAGAGAUAGAACAGGGAUGCUUCUUGUCUUGACCUUCCACGGGGAAGGGUUGAAAGUAUUCGAGACACAACUUCACAGAAACAAGACCAAAACACAACAAGGAUGUUGAUCUUUAGAAUGUUACAUGACAAUGAAUGGACAUGUUACGAUUAAUACUGUAAUUCAGCGGGGGUUAGUUGGGUAGGCUCGCUUGCGGAUGGCCCGCUCCAGCUAACCGGAUUGGCUGGGUUUUCAUGCAAUCACAAAUUAAAUUUUUGUUGCGUUUAAUUUGAGCGCUGCGAUCUUUUCAAAGCGUGCAACACCCGGGCGAGCCAGACUCAUGUCUUCAGCCCCCUAACGUCAUUCAUGAGGUCUUCUUUUUUUAAGAGUUGGGCAAAACCAAAGCUGCCAUUAAGUUGUACCCUCCUAUGCUGUGAAUAAAUUACUGGAAACUAGCGAAUAAUGUGUCUACCUUAUUUAUUUUAGGCGCACUUACGUACGAACUGUUGUGCUUUAAUUUUCAAUCUUAGUACGAGGACAUCAACAGCAUGGGUAUGUUGCUGACCGAAUCACAAAGAAAGUGGGUCAGUUUUCUAAAGGAAGCCUCCAGAAAGAAACCACCCACAAAGGAGAUUCGUCCUGAGGUACUAGUUAACGCAGGUGAACUUGUUCCAGACGUCAUUAAAGUAAUGGGAGAACUAUUAAUGAACGUGAAAACGUCAAAUAAAGAAGCUACGUUACGAUUUUCUGUUGUUAUUUUGAAACCCUAAAAACACAGUUCAAUCAAAGAAAACCGUAAAAUAAUAGUUCCUUUUUUUCAAAAUUACUCUAGUAAUUUAACUUAACUAUACGUGUAUGUCUGCCUUUCAGUGACUAGGAGGCAACAGGAUUAGAACGUUUUCGAGUUAAACUCUUGUGUUGUCGAAAAAUGAGCAAAACCGAUCAUUCUUUGGUUUCCUUUGAUAGAAACACUUGAUAUAUUUCAUUCAUUGACCAAGCGUGGCAAAGAUGUCUGAAAAUAUUGGAUUAAGUAAGGUUUCUGGGAAACUGCCCACGCACCCCUUCCCUAACUCGACGUUAACAUUUGCGUCUCACUGGGGCAACAUUUUGGGUUAGGGGAGGGUAGGUGGGCAGUUUCCCAGAAAACCUAAAUUGAUCCAAAAUAUUCACCAUAAAACUCAUCAUGACAUAGCCCCUUUAAAAAGUUAAAGAAUGCGUUAUUGUUAGUUAAGGAAUAAAUUUCUUAAUACCAUCUAUACAACUACAUUUUCCGGAUGCCCAAAGCCGAGCCCCUCAGUAUGCUUUUUCAUGUGUAUUUGUUUAUAUGUUCCACAGAAAAGAUUGAUCGGCCUGCUAUAUGACGUGGUAACGGGGGAUAAAUUUGAAGUUGCCAUUAUGACAGUGAUAAUGUGCAACAUGGUCAUGAUGAUGAUUCAACAUCACGGACAGUCCUCCCAGGUCACCACCGUUCUUCAUAUCCUUUUGCCACGACAAGUGUUUUCAUUUGUUUCCUAUUUCCAUAAAGUGCGGUUUUUAAUUUGUAUAAUUUAUGCGCUGGAUAGCGCUAUCCACCUUUUGAACAACUAGGGCCAGAAGAUUAGGACGUUACACACGUUCUUUUAAAACAAGUAAUGAAAUGAGUACGUAUCGUAAACGAGUAUCGAAAAUGCUAGAUUUAGCACUUCCCUCAAUACUGAGAUUUCCUUAAAAAAUUUCGUAGGCUGAACAUCGAACAUAACAACAAUCCGCAGAAUAAGUAAUACUGUAAGCUAGUGAAUUUUAAAAAUACUUUCCUUAACUCAUGAUCACGUGUAUCCAAUUUUAUCUUCACUGGUAUCUUUGUUUUGGAAGCCAUACUAAAGGUUAUUGCGCUGAAACAGCACUACUUCAAGAAAGCUUGGAAUGUGUUUGAUUUUGUUAUUGUUAUCAGCUCUAUUGUUGGUAGGUACAUCCUCGAUUGUCGUCAUAAAUUUUGAAAUUUAUCAGCCUUCCUAAAAGUUAAGACCAAAUGAAAUUGAGAUUCCCAGCUCUUUCUUCACUAAAAAACAGUUACUUGUAUAUGUUAUCUGCCGGCCUGAUAGUCCGUAUAUAUAUAAAAAAGAGGACGGCAAAUAACAUUUUUGUUCUCACUCUUAAAAUUUGCGGGAAAAUAUUACUUUAGCCUCCAAGUUGAUGUAGAGCACGAACGAUUGUAAAACUACAAAAACAAGUGAGUCUUUCUUUUAUACCGCUUAUUUACCGAGAGUGAGCUCCUUAAGAGGAAAAUCUCAGACUGAGGCCUACGAUUGAGCGAUAGCGAGGUCAAUACAUAAAGGCCGAUCGCAAGGUCUGAGAUUUACCUGUAAUGACCGAACGGACGAGGUUAAUAAGUUAUUUAUUGUAUGGCCUUUUUAGCGUUGCCGAUGCGAUCGAAACCACAUGAAACAGUUUUUUGACAAUGAGACAAUUCUUGUUUUUAUUUGUCAAGAUCUAAGGCAAUUUUAACAACUUCAAUUUCACACGACACACUGACCUGCGUUUAUAAGUGUUUGACCCUUUAAAAGUUUAAAACCUGAGGUAAAGACGGGCGCAGUUUUUGAUUCAAUUUUUAACAAGUUGCGAGAACUUGCAAUCAGCUUAGGGUAACUGAAGGCUGGUUGAGGCAGCAUGGCCCCCCCUUUUACAUUGUUUUAGCAGUUUUUCCGACUGAUUUGCCACAUAUGUUGUCUGCCCCCAGAUAACAAAGUUCACUUUUUCACUAGCUAGUACUACUCAUAAGGGCUCAUGUUUUAGAGGAAAACUGUUUAAAAGCGUAGCUUUCGCUCAUUCACCAAUACUAACAAACCGUUGAAUGAAGCCGCCACGACCGUAAAUUCCGCUUAGUGUUGGCGGGCAAGAUAAUUGUAAAAACUGCCUACUAACGGAACUAAUUAGACAGAAGGCUUUGGAGAAUCCACCGGCUUGCAAUUCGGAGCUGUAAAUGUAGUGGGUAGCCAAAAUAUAUCCCGACUAUCAAGCAAUUUUGGAACAAUUUUUUUUUUGUCAGAUAGCCUUUAUCUUACCCACUACUAAAUCUCCUCCUUUAAUUCCUCAUCUUAACAAGUCGGCUUUGGUUUGAGGUGCUUCAAAAAUUUCUGAAUUAAAUUUUCCUCUCGAAGAGUUGCUUGAGUGGAUACGGGAUUAAUCUAGUGAAUCGUUUUGCUGCAGACUAAAAAAAUAUUAUAUUUAAUGUCUUUACAGAGAUUAUCCUUGGGGAGGUAAAUGUGAAUGAAGAUAUGUUCAGUCCCAGUCUUCUUCGUGUUCUACGCAUCUUUAGAAUUGCCAGGCUCCUAAGGCUGGUAGAGUUUGCCAAGGGAAUACGUCAGCUCUUGUGGGCUCUUAUGAUUUCACUACCAGCUCUAUUUAACGUAGGUGCCCUUCUUUCCUUGGUGAUAUUUAUCUACGGAAUCAUCGGCAUGUCAGCGUUUGGACACGUUAAACAAGAAGGCGCGUUAAAUGACAUUGUAAAUUUCGCGACAUUUGGUAGUUCACUGUCAUUACUUUUCCGCUUAUCAACUGGCGCGGGAUGGAAUGACAUCAUGGAUUCCUUGCUACUGAAACCGCCAGACUGUGAUCCUAACUACAUGAGUCUUCCCCAUGGCAACUGCGGUUCCAUUGGAGCUAUUUUUUACUUGGUCAGUUAUAUCGUAAUUGUUUUCCUGAUCAUUAUCAAUAUGUACAUUGCUAUCAUUCUCGAAAAUGUGUACCGUGCUCACGAGAUCGAGGAUUCCGGCAUCACCCAGGAAGACUUUGACAGCUUCUAUGUCUUGUGGGGGGAGUUUCUUCCUGACGGUAGGUUAUAUCUUCCGUUAGCUCAGCUGUCGGAGUUCGUUGCUACUCUGAAGAAACCAUUCAAACUUCCAAAACCAAACACUGACGUAUUGGCAGAGAUGGACAUACCGUUGGUGUCGGGAGAGCUUGUUCACUGUUUUGAGUUGCUGAAGGCGCUAGUUAAACGUGUUUUGGGAGAGCAUGGUGAAUCCCCCGAAGUCUUUCAGGAAAUUACUUUGAAAAUGGAGGCUAGAUUUAACAAAUCAUUCCGACAAAGGAGGGCGUCAUUGCCGAUAAUUGGUUCUACUAAAUCGAAAUUAUCUGAAAGCGUGCCCGAGAAUGACCUUUGA